AUGAGCAGAGAUAUAGUUGGGGAGAUAUUAAAGCGGGUGGAUGGCCCCACGCUUGCCAACGCAGCAUGUUCAUCUUCUGAUUUUCUGUCCUUUGCAAAUGAAGAAUGGCUGUGGGAAAACAUGUGCAUCUCUCUUUGGCCUUCCACAAACAACGAGGAAGUGAAACAAUUGAUCUCUUCACUGGGAGGAUUCAGAAAAUUCUAUGGAGAUUGUUUUCCCCCACUAAAUGCAGAUUCCAAAUAUCUUGAUGCCAAUUCCAAGAAAAGUAUUGGAGGAAGUUUUAAUUAUGUCCCUGGUGACUAUCUUGCAGAUGCAGUUUCAGUUUGUCCCUCUGAUUUUGUGUCGCUUGUAGAUCUUCACUAUGACAACAAACCUGUCUUUUCAAAAAUCAUAGAGGGGGAUUGCAUGAGCCAUCAUUAUUGCAGAUCAUUCUUAAACUUCCCAAUAUACCCAUUUGUAAUAGAUCUUUUUUGCAGUUGUGAUGGCACUGUGCCUUCAAUUACAAUAAAGAGAGAGGAAGAUGUUGAAAGUGAGACGUUGUUGCUGAAGAAGAUGAAGUUAAGCUGGAUCAUGAUAAACACAAGAACAAAGCAUGCUGUGAAUCUUUCGAGUUGGAGACCUCAGAUAGCACGGAAGAAUUAUUGGGGUCGUGAGGGUGAUUUCACAGUAGGAUUUGGAAGCCUUCUGGUAGCUGCUCAUAAUUCUUUUCCUUUGGAGUUGGUUUCAUGUAAUAUUACGGUGAAUUGUAGGCUUUCUAAUGCCGAUACAGAGAGCAUGAAGUUGCAGAUAAGUGAAAUCAGCUUACACAUGGAGGAUGAGAUGGGUAAUCAGUUAAAUGCAAGGGAUGGUGUGCUUACAAUACAGAAAGCAAUGAAGUGGGGUAGGAGGAUGGAGGACUACAAUCAAUUUAAGCAAAGAUAUGAUGGUUUUUUCCAGAACAAUUUGAUGGAAGAGAAGAGGCAAGCAACUCAAGGAUUCAUGUACCCGAUUUGGCUACUAUUCUCGGUUGCUGUAGUAAUCCUGUCUUGUUAUUAUUGUUUGGUUGUGUGA